AUGGGUCUUCUCGAGAAGAUCGAGCAAAAGGUCGAGGAAAAGCUAUUGCAUAAGAAGCAACACAACAACCAGCAAAUGCCACCACAGCAACAAUAUCAGCCGCAACAACAACAGCAAUAUUCGCAACCCUCUUUCCAACACCCACAACACCAUAGUGGAGGCCCGGGCUUUGGACAGCAACCUCAUCACAGCCAUCAAAACACUGCAUUCGGUCAAGGCGAGUAUCAUCAUGGCGGAGGGUUCGGUGGACCAGGAGGUUUUGGAAACAAUGGCGGACCAGGAGAUAUGCACCACGGAGGACAUCAUGGCCAUCAUGGAGGUUACCAAGGCCCUGGAGGUAUGGGACCUGGGGGUGAAUUUGGAGGUCCACCAACCGGUUUCCAGGAUGGGCCUCAUCAUGGUGGUGGCGGGAUGGGAGGCGGACCAGGCGGACCGAAUGGAGGAGGGCCAGGACGACCGUGGUAG